AUGGACACCUCCACAUCAAACGACAACAAAGUCUGGUACGACGCAAAUUGCCAUUGCCGCGCCGUCCAGCUCCGCUUCAGAGUCACACCACUUUUCCCCACCGACACAGCACCAUCACCCGAACCACUCAAACCAUUCAAUUGCAAUUGCUCCAUCUGCACCAAGAACGGCUACCUGAACGUCUACCCCAAGGAUGCCGACACGGACAUCGAAUGGAUCAAGGGCCAAGAUUCAAUUAGCGAAUACCGCUGGGGCACGAAGGAGGUGGGGCAUAAGUUCUGCCCGAUUUGUGGCAGCAGUAUUGUGCUCAUUGUUGGCGCGGCUAUGUGGGGGGAUGGGAGUGGGACGUCGAAGGUUGGAGUGAAUGCGAGGAUGAUCAAGGGGGUUGAUGUGGACAAGCUUACGGUGCUGAAGAAGAAUGGGAAGGAUGACUGGGGCGAGAAAUAUGAUCCUUGA